UAUGCUCGAUUCCUGUUAGGUAAGAUCCACUGGGAUUGAACUGAAAACCAGCAGAUCGUGGGUCCGCCCGGCCAGCGGUUGCAAUCUGGCACUUUAACCGGUCAUUUCUGUUUUAAAGCCUCAGUUUUAAAAAGCUGCUUGGCAUAGGUGAACUCGUGGUGUCGCCGCUCUCGGGAUCGGACGCCCACUCCUCAUAUCUCCCCUGAUCCCGGGAGGAGCCAAGACUGUCCGGUUACCAUCCGCAAGUUGUUGCCCCGUUGUGACUUACCUCCUGCAAUCGGACUGGAAGUUAAAUUUUAGUUUUAAGAAGUCCAAUUCCUGUUUUUUUUUCCAUUUCACUCUUUGAAAGAUGCCCCCUUGUUGCGUCAGUUUACACGGAUCAUUGCUUUUGAACGAGGAAAUCUCCUCUCCCCGUUCCUGCGUGAAUGGCGCACAGUUUGACAGGAGUCUUGUGAUUUGUACCGAAAUCCUGUAUAUGUGUGUGUAUAUUGCAAACUGAUGAGUGGGUUCGUAGCCAGCCUUUAACUGCGUCGGGGAGGGAUUAACGCCAGAAUAAGCGCCCCUACCUCUGUAUAUAUCCCAGCGGCGCGGUCAAAGCCUGUGCCCGAGGGGGAGAUCCCUCUUGCUGUCCCGUCCUGCUACUUGGAAUGUAAAAGUUGAACCAGUAACAUAGCGGAGAAACAUUUUUCCAAUCGGAUUGAAUGCUUAUUAAAGCGCAGGGUCGGCGUUAACAGUGCAACUGGUAUAAUUCGGUUUCAAACUUUCGCGGGUCACUCACGAGUGCACGGAGGGUCGAUGGACGUCGGUGAGCGUCACAGCCCCGCUCCGAGUGAAGAGGAUGCCGUGAGGGAGAAGGAGAGACCCGAGGCGGAGUACAUCAACUCCAAGUGCGUCUUGUUCACUUACCUCAACGGGGACAUCAGCGCUUUAGUGGACGAGCAUUUCAGCCGAGCUUUGAGGAACUACAGUCCGGAGAGCGGGAGCAGCAAAGCUGGGAAAGGGAGCCCGGGAUCGUCAGAGGGCUCUCUGAACCAGCGUAAUUUCCCUGCCUCCUUCUGGGACAGCAAUUACCAGGCACCCGCGUCAACCACAGCAGCCAGCAGCAGCAUUGGUUCUCAGCACUCGGAGCUUCACCUGGCCUCCACGGAGCCCUACACAGCCGUCCUGCAUCCUCACCUGGCUCAUCCCCCAGAACACUGGCACUACCCACUGGCCGGGCCCCUCAGCCCACAGGCGCCAGCGUACCACCAGCCCAGGACUGUACACGAACUCUACCCCGUCAGCCCCAACCUCGACCCCCGCUACAGCACUUUGCUCAUGCCCACCCUCCGCUCCAGCAGUCUGCAGCCGGCCAUCAGUGGCGCUGAGCCCACCGCCCCUUGGUCAGGGGUUUUCCCAACGGCUGAGGUGACGCAGACUUUGAACCUGAACGUCGAUGCGGUUACAGCUCGACACUACUCCCUGCCUGGAGGAUCGUACUUCGGCUGAAAGGACCAGGAAGACAGUCACUUAGAUCUGUUGGUAUAAACGGACAUGGGGCAAGAUUGGCUCAAGUGGUCAGUGGAAGGCUGUCACGCCAAGUUGCACAGAAGGACAGUCAAUCAUUUGGAUAUUCCAAGGGAAGACUUGUGCAGCUGAUGGACUCCCAUUUAUAUUCGUCUCCUGCUGACUCCCUGACUAAGAGUCAGGACUUCAACAUUAAAAGUUUGCAGUUUUUUUUCUUAAUUCAGUUCAGAUUUUGGAUUUUUCCUUUACUUUGUGAAAUGUUUGUUCUUGUGACGUGGAGGAUCUCGGAGUGAUUUGGGGGGGGGGGUGGAGAAAAGAGAUGCAGGGUCACUGGGAGACUUCAUCCUUUGAAGUUUCUUUCAUCACGGUCCCACCAACCAGAUUUGGAGCCCUUGCGUGUCCAACACUGGAGCAAGUGGUAAAACAAGAGGACUUUAUUUCAAAUUUUGAAGUAAAUUUUAUGAUCAAAGUACAUACGCAGUGAGACUCAUUUUCUUGUGGGCAUACUCGAUAAAUCUAUACAGUAACGACAAUCAGAGAGUCAAUGAAAGACUGGAUGUUCAAUCAGAGUGCAGAAGACAGCAAACUGUGCAAAUGCAAAAAGAAGAAACAACAAUAAUAAUAAUAAAUAAAUAAACAAUAAAUAUCUAGAAUAUGAGAAUAUGAACAGUCCUUGAAAGUGAGGCUAUUGGU